UAUUACAAAGUGAGUGUUCUUAACUAAGUAUUUGAAUUUGGAGUAAAAAGCUGUUGAAAACAAUAAUUUUCGCGGUGUAAUAAUGUCGGAACACCACCAGACUCCUUUUAGAUAGCUUGAACGUAUCUAGCAAUAACAUGUUAAUGUCUGAAAACAAUAUAAAAAGCAGUAAAAACUUUAUUUUGAGUAACGAUUAAAGUAAAUUAGUUUUACGGAGAAUUGCCUAGCUACACAUUACUGAAUAUAAUACAACGUAGAUAGCAAAUAACUAGAUAACUAGUAAUUAUUGUCGGUGAAUGAAUUCUAAGAAGGCAGUGAACGUUCGAGUUACGUAUCACUGUCUGUUGCUCAGCCUCGUCCACGAAUCCCCUCCAUUUGUUGAGUCGCCCCCACAGAGUAGCGCUGGCGUCGUGUCGGUUCGGUUGCGUUCGUUGUGCUCGGCGGCGCUCCGCUCAUCGCUGAACACUCAUUCAUUCUGUUGUUACCAUUACGCUGGGUAGCACAUAUAGUUUUGAAUUCGUACGAUACUAACGAUAGUAAGUUUUAAAAUCGUUUUUCGGUGUAAUGGACUACUCUAAUUUUAACGGUUGUGAUUGUGACGUUUGAAAAUAAUGACAUGAGUACAAGACAUUUGUGUGAUUUGAUUUGUGAACUUGUAAACAAUUCAAAACAGUGUCUAACAAGUAACGAGGAAGCAUGUAAACUAAGUCAAAGUUGAUGAUUUUAUAUCUAAGAUAAAAUUGUGGCCACAUUUGGAUUAGAGACAAAGUGCUGUGUUAUUUUUACGUAAACUUUGAAUGAAUCGUGGCCUUCGGGCAUCAGGUGGGUGGCAAUCACAUCAAGCCACUGUUUAGUGAACAAAUGUGCUUAAUUGAAAGGCGAGAAACAACAGUUUGUCCUUUAAACAUGACAUUAGCGGCGAGGUUAUCUCCUCAAAAUGCCUGUGUUGAAGUGGCAGUGCCACUAACCAACAGCUGGUCAACGGGUGUAGCAUGCUGCCCCAACUGCAGGCACGAACUGCGCGUGUCGCUGGCCCCGAGUGGGGGCAAGUGCCACGCGCCUCACACGCCGCCCUCCUUCACGGUCCAGCCGACGUACUUGCCACACUCCCCCAUCACAACACCGCUGUCACCUCUCAUACCCUCACCUUAUAAUGAUGAGCUGAGGCGGUUAGCAGACACCCUCAGAGCAUUAAGACUAUCCGGCUGGUACUAUGGCUGUUUGGACUGGCUGGGUGCUCGAAGUAUACUAAAAGAUGCGAGUGUUGGAGCAUUCGUGAUCCGCGACUCAGGCGAUAGGAAUUUCAUAUUCUCACUGUCAGUGCAGACAGAGCGAGGCCCCACGUCCGUGAGACUGCACUUCGAACAAGGGUUCUUUAGGUUAGACUGCGACCAGCCGCUGGCGAGGUACAUGCCGCGCUUCCGCUGCGUGGUGGAGCUGGUGCAGCACUACGCGCGCUCGGGCAGCGCGGCGGGCGCGGGCGCGGGCACGGUGUGGGUGGACCGCGCGGGCUGCCCGCACUCGGCCGUGCUGCUGCGCGCGCCGCGGCGCCAGGCCCCGCCGCCGCUGCUGCACGCCGCGCGCCUGGCCGUGCACCGCGCGCUCGACUCCAACCCGCUCACGCCCAAGCUGUGGCGCGCGCCCAAACACAGACUGCUCCCGCUGCCUUCCACGUUAAUAGACUAUCUCGGGGAGUACCCCUACUCGAUCUAAUGCUCUGAACGCUAUGUCUAAGUUAUUUAUUACUCCAAUCUGAGCGAUGCCUAGUGAAGAUAUUAGUUUAUUGGGGAUGGUCGCGAGUGAUCAUUAAACUCCAACUGAUUGUAGUGUGACCCCGCGGCGGGUCGACGUACUGAGCUACAAGUUUCCUAAGGUGGACUUCGUGUUUGCAUUAUCAUAAUAUUAUAAUCUUAUUUGUACAAAUUAAUAUGCAUUGUAAUGUCUAGUACAGGUUACUAGCAAGGGCCGGAUCCUUUAAAUACCGACUAACAAAAUAAUUUAUGAAUAGUUAAAUUAAUAAUGUUAACUGUAUUAUUUGUAAGUAUUGAAUAUGGGACUCAACUUUGGUAUUUAGUGAAAUGUUUACGCGGAUUAUUUUUAUUAAGCCAAUUCUGUGUCUGUAUAUAAAGAUGUUCUGAAAAUAACGCAAGACUGAUUCCUUGAACUUCAAAUAAUUUUCAUGUAGUAAUUGCCUGUAUACUUUUCUGUAAAAUGUACGUAACUAAUCUGUCUCCACGUGUGCAAGCUCGGGCGGCGGCGCGGCCGCUCCCCUGACAAUCCCCGCUGAUAUUAUUAUUGUAUUAAAUUGUUCACUAAUGCCUUAUCUUGUCCAUCGUCUUAAAAAGUCAUCACAUUAUAUAAGUAAUAGAGCUAUAUUUUUAUUUAUUUAUUUCUCGAUUAAGUUAGGAUUAUUUAUCAGCUUACAUUAUAUUUAGUUCUUUCUUGUUCCUAUCCAUGGUUGGUUUGUAGACACGCAUCACUCUGCACGCCACGCCCCGGCACCUCACACAGAGUCUAGGUAGAUAACAAAGUGCCAUCAAAAUGAAACCCGUAAUUAUUGUAAAUUUGUUUUUUCAUAAAUAAUUCAGAUUAAAGUAUUUUUGAGGCUGAACAUGUACAUAAAUGAAAUUUGUUUUGUUUUCUAUUUAUUUCCUUAGGUAAUGAGAAAAAUAUAUAGCGACGUAUGUAACCAUGUAAUGGUUGGUCAUGACUUGGUGUCGCGUUAUUAUGUGUUUUAAUGAACUAUAACGAUUACAAUACAUGCUCGUUAUUCAGUUUCGCGGUACCAAGUCAUUAUUAGUGUUUGGUGGGAGGUUGGGCUAGUGACGUUCACUAAUAUAGAAUAGACCAUGUAUGUACCUUGAAUAAUCUCAAUUAGAGUAAAUUUAGGCUUCUCACUUUAUAUACGAAUAUGUUUUAUUAGCCAAAUUUCUAUUUCAAAAAUGACAGAACGCAGUAAGCAUGAAUAUUGUUUUUUUUAUAAUUAAAUUACUUGAGUAAAGUCCUCAUUUUGAAUUGUAAAUUUGUAUCCUAUUGUUUAAUUUCAAAUGUAAUUAUUUUCAUACCAAUAUGUGAGGAGACAGCACCAUUUAAGAAGUGUGACAUAAUAGAAAAGAAACUUGUGUUUUAAAUGUUUGUAGACUAUGUUUGUAGUAAUGUAAUGAAAGAACUGCAAAUAAUUUAUAUACAUAAAGAAAAUAACCAUUCUGCCUA